AUAAAGCUGCUGCAUAAUGUUGGGGGAUGUUGUGGUGAAGUAUCUUAGCGUAAUGUUAACUGCACUAAAAUGCAUUCUGUCAUCCUGCAUAGCUAGGUGUUAGCCUGGGAGCUAACUGAGUUGAUGACGAGGUAAAAAUGGCGGAUCUUUCGAAAUCCAACCCCGGCCUGAAAUAGUAACGCCGCCAGCAAAUAGCUCAUCGCCUUUUCUCACUCUUUUCCCCAAACAGGACCACGUCUUAUAAUGUUUCGCGUGAAUACGUGCUGCUCGGCUACAGUUUUUCUUGGUUUCGUUUAGAGACGUGGGUUGUAUGUGAGCAGGCGGCGGUGUGUGGGUUUACGGCCAGUGCAGGGUUCAUAUGUGGAUUAAUGGUGUGUAGAGAGCAGCAGGACAAAGAUCUGCCUGAGACGAUCGCCGUGGCCUACUUUACCCAGCAUCAGCUGUCAGCUUCUGUCACCACAACCACAACCCAUGGACACCUUGAUUUCAUUAGCUCUCACGUGCCUGCUGGAAAUCAUUAUACUCUCCAUAGCGGGAAUAACUGAGAGCUGAGAAUUCACAAAAAUGGAUGUGGUGUCACCAGAGCUCAACAGCCUCCUCCCUGAUGAGAUCAUGGAUACUGAGGCCAUAGAGGACGUACCCCUCUCCCAACCUAGCGGUACCUCAGACCAACCAGAGUCUGGUGGUGACACAUCAGUCCCGAUGGAGACGGAUACGCCCAUGGCCUCUGAAACUUUGACUCUUUGUGCAGAUGCUACAGAGCAUACACAGACUCUGACCCCCACAGACUCCUCGCUCAGCAUCUGCUCUAAAAGCCAGAUUCCAAUCUCAAUCUCCAGCAUGUCACCUCUUCUUACCCUUAAGCCAGUCCUGGCUACUUCCACUGCCACCACCAAAACCACAGACAGCAUGACUGGGACUAGUGUCACUACAAGUGGUUUACAGAAGCUCUCAGCUCCUUUCACCAUCUCCCCUGCAAACCACCAGAUCAUUCUCAACAAGGUAGCCUCGUCUCAAGCUACAGAAGCAGCAAAGUCAGUGGGCACUUCCCCCCAGGUCAUCAAGCAAGAAGGACAAAAACUGUUGGUUACAGCAAUAGGAAAAUCAGGCCAGCCUAUAGUCCUGCAGUUACCACACACAGGCAGCAAGCCUGGGGUUUCCCAGGUUUCAGGAGACGCCAAGUCUCCCACUCCACAGUUUAAAGUGGUUGCUAUUGGUGGAAGGCCUGAGCUCAAACCAGUGGUGGCAGGUACUGGGAACCAGGUGACCACAUUGCAGGCCCAGCAGCUGAAGACUGUACAGAUUGCAAAGAAAACACCACCAUCCUCGGCUGCGCCGAUUAAGUUUAUUAUCACAAAAACUGUCAACAGUAAAGGCCUGAGUCCUCAGACAUCAGUUGCUCCUGUUCUUGCAGGUCGGGUUCUGACACAGAGUUCGCCAAUGAUGCCUCAGAGAACUAUUAGUCUCUCAGAACCCCACGGCACUACUAUACAAAGCAUUGCUGGAAAAAAGAUUGCUAUUUCACCUCUCAAGAGUCCCAGCAAGGUGACUGUGGUGUCUGUGGCCUCCCCGACCUCCAACGCUUCUCAGAAGUCAGUAGCGCUCCCUGUCAAUGUAGCACUUGGCCAGCAGAUCCUUACAGUACAACAGUCCACGUCCGCGUCGCCGGUCAAGUUGGCCACCAGCCAAACCACAGCUCAGAAUAUCAAACCGGUGCAGUCUGUGGCUGUGGGAGGAGUCGGUAGCUCCCAGUUCAAGACCAUCAUUCCGUUACCUCAAUCAAAUGUGCAGCAGAUUCAGGUUCCAGGAAGCCGGUUCCACUAUGUCCGCCUGGUCACAGCAACAACAGCGAGCAGCACAGCACAGCCCAGUGGUCCCAGCACCAGCUCCAUACAGACAGCUAAACCGAUGGUAGUGAGCACAGGAGCAGUGAGGAUGUCAGUCCCCAUUGUUCCAGCACAGACCAUAAAACAGGUGGCACCUAAGCCCUUAGCAUCAGCAGCACAAGUAGUAACCACCACUCAGACCCAGCAACGCCUGAUCAUGCCUGCAACUCCGCUACCGCAGAUUCAGCCCAACUUUACCAACCUGCCUCCUGGUACUGUCCUGGCACCGGCUCCUGGAGGCGGGAAUGUGGGCUACGCAGUUGUGCCAGCACAAUAUGUCACGCAGCUCCAACAGUCACCGUUUGUGACCAUCGCCAGCAGCUCUGGAUUUCCUGCAACAACUGGUAUCCAGACGCAAGCUAAGAUGCCUCUUAAUGGCUUGUCGACAUCAGAAACCACAUCAAGGCCAAGGAAACCAUGCAACUGCACCAAGUCCCAGUGUCUUAAACUAUACUGUGACUGCUUUGCAAAUGGCGAGUUCUGUAAUAAUUGCAACUGUAAUAACUGUUUCAACAACCUGGAGCAUGAAACAGAGCGCCUCAAAGCCAUAAAGACAUGUCUGGAUCGGAAUCCAGAAGCCUUCAAACCGAAAAUUGGUAAAGGCAAAGAAGGGGAGUCAGACCGGCGACACAGUAAAGGCUGCAACUGCAAACGAUCAGGCUGCCUGAAGAACUACUGCGAGUGCUACGAGGCGAAGAUCAUGUGCUCGUCCAUUUGUAAGUGCAUUGGCUGUAAAAACUUUGAGGAGAGCCCAGAGAGGAAAACCCUCAUGCACUUGGCUGAUGCAGCGGAGGUGAGAGUACAACAGCAGACUGCAGCCAAAACCAAGCUGUCAUCACAGAUCUCAGACCUGCUCAUGCGGACAGCGCCUGUUAUCACGAGUGGCGGCGGGAGGUUGCCUUACACAUUUGUAACGAAGGAGGUGCUUGAAGCGACGUGCGAGUGUCUUGUGGAACAGGCCAAAGAAGCAGAACAGACUCAUCAGCCUCAGGCCGAAGCAGAGAGGAUGAUACUGGAGGAGUUCGGACACUGCCUCAUGAGGAUAAUCAGCUCUGCAGGGAAGGCUAAGGUGGACUCUGCCUCUGUCAGCUGCUAGGCAGAGCACUCUGGCUUUCUUGACCCUCCACGCGCCCCAGCUGUGGGGGCCAAGGGGCAUUGCUUACUCCUCACUGUCGCGGACCCCUGGGAUUUCUCUCAGCAAGGAAACAGGUCGUUGCCUCUGAUCAAAAGGCAGAACAAUCACCUAAAGUAGUCAGACUCCCCUGUGAUGGCUAAACGUAGGCCAGCUGGAAUAAUAAACGUGGAACAUCUGUUUGAACCGUUCAUCUACUCUAACUGAAGGACAAAUGGACGCAGCAAACUUCCUCUGGUGGAUCUGCCUUCGAAAGUGUUCUCACACUUUUUCACCUGACUUUGAUGGACAGGAUUUUAAUGUUUGCUCACUUUAUUUUCUAUCAAAUUGCUUUUCUCCAAACUUCUGUUCUUCCAUUUUUAUUCUGUUUUUCUUCUUUCUAUGUUCCCAUUUUGAGGUUUUGGGAAAAACUGCCUGUAAUUUUUAUGUAUUUGCGCUUAUGACAAACAGAACAUGUAUCUUUUUCUAUUUAUUUUGACAAGUAUUUGAGCGCUAAUAUUGUGUGGCUUUCAUUGCUGCAAACUGUUAAUUAUUAACCACGGCUAGGUUGAAAUGAGACUAGUAGAAGCAAUGUUAGGUUUUAUCCCAGUAUGAUGAAUGCAAACACAUAAUGCAUUAUGCACACACACAGAGCACUGCAAAGAUCUGGCAGAAAAUGGCUAACCUGGUGGAGGUGCACAUUUCUUCUGGUGCUGUUUUGUUAGUCACAUGCUUACUGUACAUUAAAAUAUUAUUAACUGAAAAUCAAUCAAGACCUAUUAAAUGAUGUUCAUACCUACAAGUGAAGAAGUUAAUGGGAUGAAAAGAGAACUCAAUUAAAUCGUAUUAUUUCAGUGCAAGAAAACAAUUUAAGAGGAUUCAUUGAUUUCAUGUUUUUUUGGCCUCACUGACACUCAACUUUAAUUUAAUUGUCAUUGCACAAUUAAUGUAUAUACAUGACAAUGAAAUUUGUCCCUGCGUUUGUCACCCCCAGACCAAAGCUCACAGAUGGAAACAUGAUGUAUCCCUCUUUUAAAAGAAUUUAGACUCUUUUCUGUGACACAACAUUGUCCUUGUGUCUUGGUGUCUAAAAUAUCUUGCUAUGCUGACUUAUAGUCACACUACAUGAAGUCUAAUGGGUUUCCUGUAGAUGCCCUGUAGAGGAGCUGGCAGUCCAGUCAAACUAAAAAAAGAAACGCUGCAAAGGUCGACGAGGACAUCAUAGUUUCCUUUUCUUCCCUUUUUAAGUCUCAAUUAUACAAUGAAAAUAUUUUAAUUUGUUGUAAUGUUAUUGUCUAGAUCAACUUUAUAAAAGUCCAAUGUCUGUUUUAGACCCAAAUACUUGUCAUUAUUUCUGCAGGUUCUCAGACAUUCCCCCAGAUUUGUAGCAUUGUUAUUUGUAGUUUCUAAUAUUAGGGCUGUAUCAUGCUGCUGACUGGAUUCACAGAGUGACAUGCACGAGCAGCUCUAAAACAAAUAUAUGGAACGAUUUAAUGCUACAUGUUUUCCUCCCCAUCAAUACCUCCCAAGUCCUGCCUACACCUAGCGACUCUAUUACCCACAAUGCAACCUUUUAGAUUAAUUUGCUCUCUGUCCUGUCAUGUGCGCAGUGUUCGCUGGAGGGUGGUAGUGCGCGCGCAUGCGCAGAGCUAAAAGCUGCAGUAGAAGAACAUUGUAAAGCGGAGGAGUGUGCAGGUCAAGCACAUGUGAGCGAAACUCGGAAGAUUUUGAGACGAGGCUACGAGCAGAUCAGGGCUUUCUUUCUGGAGAGAAAGGCUUCAGUGACGUCAGCUUUGGAUCAGCUAUGCAUGAUUGACCUGCUGAGGAGGAUCGAGGCCAGAUGUGCAUCUACUAAAAGCAGUGAAUGUUUUUUUUAUUGGGGUUUAUUGUAAAAGUUGUUCGUGAACAAAUAAAAACAAACUGAAGAAAA